CCAUUGUCUUGCCUCACUUCUCUGAAAAGUGAAACUUAAUUUGCCUCCAUCAGUUCACACUCUGCAACCCAGCAAGAACACGGCGCUCCCCACGCUGCUUUUGUUCCCCCCCGCAAUUCAGCUUUAAAAAGGCAUGGCUUACGUACCCCAGACUCACCAGGUGGUGACGGUCACCCAGCAGGGUCCAGGCAGAUGGAGCACCGACCUCUGCGACUGCUGCGCCGAGAUGGGCACCUGUUGCUGUGGGUUGUGGUGUUUCCCCUGCAUGCAGUGUGAGACUGCCAGUAAGUACGGCUGGUGCUGCCUGAUGCCCUGUCUGGACUUCUGUGGCAUUGUGUCCUGCAUACUCCGCUCCAACAUCAGAGAGCGUCACAACAUUCCCGGGUCAGGCUGCGAUGACUGUUGCAAGGUGAUGUGGUGCUACCCCUGCGUUUGGUGCCAGAUGAAUCGAGAGCUGAAGAUCCGCGCCCGCAAUCCAUCAAGCGCCACCGUAGUCACCACUCAGGUCGGCAGGAUGUAGCCUGCAGACAUGGAGGUGGCUCCACCGCCAUACAUUUUCCAUACAUACAUGGUUCAUACGUUUCAUAUUUUGUUGUUUCACCAUCGUUCAGCGUUAUUGAUUGGAGUUUGAUUUGAUGAAAAGAGAAGCAUUGCUGUUAAGCUGUGUGAAUGCAUCUGUAACAAGCCAACUUUGCUUUGUUUUGUCACCCUUCUGUUUAAGAUCUUCUAUGAUGAGUGAAUAGGUGUCACAUUAACAUAUUUGAUAUUUUUCUGCUCUUUGUUCCUUAAUAAAAUAGUUCCUUCAAGUCUUAA